CCGGGGACGCGGCGGAGCGGGGGACAGUGGAGCUCACGCGGGCCUGCGCAGCCCACCGGGCGCGGUGGGGGAGCACCGCCCAGAAAGUGGCCCGGGAAGGAUGGUCUACAUGAGGGGGCAGGACCUGAGUGGCUGGACAGCCAGGUUCCUCCUGCAGGUGCUUCUGACGCCGGCAUGGAGCAAGUGCCUGCGGCCUCCACCAAGGCCCACGGCCAGGGCUGCCCUGCCCACUGUGCCCCAGGGCGAAAGCCCCGAAAGGCCGAGUGAGCUGCAGCCUGGAGACCUCUUUUAAGAUGACCCGCACGGACCCGCCGGACCUGCUGGUGUCGACCGUGUACCAGGACAUCAAGGUGGCGGCCCCUGGGCCCGUGUCGAGGCCCCGGCCAUGUGAGCGCCCCAUGGCCCGGCCUGCUGCGCCCGCGCCUUUCAACAAGCGCCACUGCCGCAGCUUCGAUUUCCUGGAGGCGCUGGACGGGGCGGCCAUGGAGGCCCGUCCGGAGCCGCCGCCCCCGGAGCCCGCCGCUCCGCGCGCCCGAUCCCGCGACGGCGAGCCCCGGCGCCGCGCCCGCUCCAAGAGCGCACCCCGCGCCGCCCCGGGCCUUGCGCCCGCGCCGGCCUCGCCGCCUGUGCUACCGCGCCGCGGCCGGGAGGCCCAGCGGGCUGCGCGGGCCGACGCGUCGCCCCGCCGGGAGCCCGCGUAUCCCGCGCUACGCGCGCUCGCCAACGAGCUGCACCCGAUCAAGCUGCAGCCGCAGCGGGGCGGCCCCGGCCGCAUUGCGCCCCUGUGCGCCGCCGCCAACCGCUGCGCGCCGGCCGAGCCACCCGCGGGGCCCGCCCCUCACGUCCGCUGCCGCCUGGACAUCAAGCCCGACGACGCGGUCCUGCAGCACGCUGCCCGGGGCUCGAGGCCCUGCGGGCCCGCGGAGACCACGCCCUGGCCGCGCGCCGCCCCGCAGCUCCACGGCCUUACGGUGCCCGGGCCUCGCCACGUGGCGCUGUCGCGCACCCCCACCCCCAGUGACUCGUACUGCGCCGACCCCCGGGCGCUGUACUGCGAUGGGCCCCUUCCUGGGCCCCGGGACUACUCGGAGCGCCGGAGUCUGCCCUUCACCACCCCGCCGGGCCCCACCCAAUUCUUCUACACCGAGGAACCAGAGGGCCACCCCGGUGGCUUCAUGGCAGGCCCAGGGCCGCCCUUCGACAGCUACUACCCCAGGCCCUUUCUGUCCGAAGAGCCCCCUGGGCCCAGUCCAAGACGCGGGGGCAGCUACUAUGCGGCGGAAGUUCGCACCUUCCCGGUCCAGGAACCGCCCUCCCGUUCCUACUACGGGGAGGCCCCCCGAGCCUACGGCCCGCCCUGCGGUCCACGCUAUGCCCCUGAGGAGCCCCGGGUCCACCCCGCCGCCCGCCCUUUUCACACUGAGGACUUUGGGCGGUACCGCAAUCGAGAUGCCCUGACGCGGACUUACCCACACCCGCGCGGCAGCCCGGCCUGGGGCGACUGGGGCCCGCGGCCUUACCGUACCCUUCAGGGGGCCCCUCCCCCGGACCCCGGCCCGCUGCUCGCCUCGUGGCACGGCGGCACCGGCACCAGCCCACCCCGGCUGGCGACCGACAGCCGCCACUACUCGCGGUCCUGGGACAACAUCCUGGCGUCCGCGCCGCGCAGAGAAGACCCCCUGGGCCGCGGCCGUAGCUACGAGAACCUGCUGGGGCGCGAGGCACGGGAGCCGCGGGGCACCUCCCCCGAAGGCCGGCGCCCGCCCGUCAUAGUAAACCUAUCCACCUCGCCCAGGCGCUACGCAGCGCUGUCGCUGUCCGAGACGUCGCUGUCGGAGAAGGGCCGUACGGGCGAGGGCCUGGGCCGAAACUGGUACGUCACGCCAGAGAUCACCAUCACCGACAACGACCUGCGCGCCGCCGAGCGCCCGGGCGCCAGGAGCUGGGAACUGUCGGGGAGCCGCCCGCGGCCGCCUCCCCACGCCGCCUCCGAUGGCCCCGCUUCUGGCCGCCAGCGCAGCCUCGAACAGCUGGACGAGCUCAUCACUGACCUGGUCAUUGACUCGCGGCCCCCGGCCGGCCAAGCGCCCGAGGCCGCGUCGGACGGCCUGACCCGCCAGCUGCGGCGCCUGCUAGACUCGCGGCCCUCGGGCCCCGGGGUCCCGGCGCUGGCGCCGCGCUCACCACCUGCGUCUGCCGGCAGCGCCGAGGACCCCGCAGGCCCGGGGCAGGCGGCCGACGCGUCCCCCGAGCCCAGCGCCGACGAGGACGACCUGAUGACGUGCUCCAACGCGCGCUGCGGGCGCACAGAGACCAUGUUCAACGCCUGCCUCUACUUCAAGUCCUGCCACAGCUGCUACACCUACUACUGCUCGCGCCUGUGCCGCCGCGAGGACUGGGACGCACACAAGGCGCGCUGCGUGUACGGUCGCGUGGGCAGCGUGUGCCGCCACGUGCUGCAGUUCUGCCGCGACAGCGGCCCGGUGCACCGCGCCUUCUCGCGCAUCGCGCGUGUCGGCUUCUUGUCCCGUGGCCGCGGCGUACUCUUCCUGGGCUUCCCGAGCCCCGGCUCCGCAGACAACUUCCUGCGCUUCGGCCUCGAGGGGCUGCUGCUGUCGCCCACCUACCUGUCGCUGCGCGAGCUGGCCACGCACGCGGCGCCACUGGGCAGCUAUGCCCGGGAGCUGGCGGCCGCAGGGCGCCUCUACGAGCCGGCCGAGUGCUUCCUGCUCAGCGUAUCGGUGGCCGUGGGCCCCGGCGCUGCGCCGCCCGGCGCCCCUGCCCGGCCAGCGCCCGCGCCGCGCAGCCCCGGACCCACGGUGCGCAAGUUCGCCAAAGUGGCGCUGGCGGCCGGCAGCCCCGCACGGCCGCCCCCGGCGCGGGGCCGCGAACCCGACCUGGAGACGUUGAUCCUGACGCCGCCGCCCGGCACUGCGGGCCUGGACCAGGAGGGCGAGGCGGGCCGGCGAGCGCGGGAGGUGGCCUUCAUCCACAUCCAGCGCGAGCUGCGGCUGCGCGGCGUCUUCCUGCGCCACGAGUUCCCGCGCGUCUACGAGCAGCUCUGCGAGUUCGUGGAAGCCAACCGGCGCUUCACGCCCACCACCAUCUACCCCACGGACCGGCGCACCGGCCGCCCCUUCAUGUGCAUGAUCAUGGCCGCCUCCGAGCCGCGGGCUCUCGACUGGGUGGCCAGUGCCAACCUGUUGGACGACAUUAUGUGA